ACGGUGCAGGGGAGUAGCCGUCGAUCACCCACCAACCCUAACCUCCUCAGUUCAUUUGUUUUAGUUUUGGUGCUUCACAACAAACACUCGGAACACUAUCGCUAUGUCACUUUCUGUUCCUGUUGAUUGUUGAGUCUAAUGACAAAUCAAUCAAAGACAUGGAAGUAAUCAAAGAUGCCAGACAACAAGAGACAGCUGAAGAACAAAUGCACCAAGUUCCUAUCAAUUAUAACUAUCUUUACAAAACAGACAUUUUGAAGAAAUCAGCUGAGUUUUGUUCUCUGAUAAAUAGUGAUACUAUUGAGGAAAUUUGGCAUUUACCUCAUAAUUUGUGUCGCAUUUGCGCUCAAAACGAUGAAAAUGCUAUUCAACUUUUUUCUGAUGAGAGCAAUAGUUGUAAAAUAUUAGAUAUGAUCAAAGAACACCUAUCAAUUGCUGUCACACCCAAAGACAUCCUGCCUCUCUACAUUUGUCAUAGGUGUCUUAAUAGCUUACAAGCUACGGACAGACUAAUCAAAACAUGUUCCAUGACUGAUGAAAAUUUUCACUGGAUCUUGGACCACAUUUGUCGAUUAUCUUUUCCUGAUGAAGCCAAUGACAAGUUUGAUGUAAACAAGAAAGAAGGGACCUCAAAACAUAGUAUGUCUUUAACUGAUAAGCAAUUAAAUAAAUUUGGAGACAAUUUUCCUUGUGCUGCUGGUGAGAAAAUCAAGAGCAAUUGUGUGACAGUUGUCAAACUUACAAAGGAAAAUACUAGCAUCUUUCAGGAUGUACUAAAGUCAAUGAGUGCACAUCCUAUUUACAAAAGAAAGGAGAAGAAGGGUAGUGAGAUAGUUUGUGCAAUGCCUGAAUCUCCAGCAGCACAUUCAACAUGCUCAAGUUCUGAAAAUAGCAUCUUUGAAGAAAUUGAGGAUACAGAAAUCAUUCAGCAAAAUAUUGAAGAGCAGAUCAAUCAAACCGGAAAUCGGAAUGACUGUAAAUUUUCAUCUUCAAUUCUUCUCACGAUCGGGGCUAAAGAGCCAUCUCAAGGCGGAAGAAAAAGAAAGGGAAAUACAGUUGAAGAAAAUACACAACAAGUUGAAAACCAGAUUAAAGGUGAAUCUUUACUGCUGACUGGCCCAAAGGAGCCAGCCCAACGUAGGAAAUUAAGGAAAAGGCCAAUUGAAGAGCAAGUGCAGCAAGUUGAAUGUCAAAAUGAGGCUGAAUCUAUAACAGCUCUCAUAACUGGCCCAAAAAAGACUACCAAAGUCAAAGAAAAAAGAAAAAAACAGCCUAAUGCAAAACAAGUAAACCAUGCUGAAGAUCAGGUUGAUGGUGAAUCUUCACUUACCGUGACUGAUUCAAAGGAACCAACUGAAUGUAAGAUAAAAAGAAAAAGAAAGCCAAGAGCUAAAAUAGAAAAAGAAUUGAAAUGUCCUGAUUGCGACUAUUCCACACAUGUAAAAGAAGAUUUUGCUGAGCACAAAGUAACUCAUUUAAAGUGCAGAUUCUGUGAUAAGUCCUUAAAAUCAAAAUGGCAUCUAAUUGAACAUGAGAGAAUACAUACGAGAGAGAAACCAGUCGUAUGUGAUCACUGCGGAUUAGGUUUUCGAACAAAACAGCAAAUGAUGUCUCAUGCUCAGCGUCACAAUGCAGAGAAACCCUAUGUCUGUCAUGAAUGUGGAAAAAGAUUUUCUGUAAAAUCAACUUAUGCUGCCCAUUUGCUGAGACAUAAUCCAGACUCUCCCCAUCUAUGUGACAUAUGUGGGAAAAGCUUUAAGCUUCAAGAUGGUUUAAGAAUCCAUCGGCUAAAUCAUCGUACAUUUACCUGCACUGUGUGUGAUAAGACUUUUAAUUACCGAUGCUAUCGUCGCCAUAUGCAGAUCCAUUCAGGAGAAAGCUAUUCUUGCCCAACAUGUGGAAAGGAGUUUAUCAGAAAAGAGAAACUAGCAAUACACAUGUCAAUUCAUGAGAAUACAUUCUUCUACAGUUGUGGGGUGUGUCAUCGGUCAUUCAAUAGAAUGACUACUCUUCAAGUCCAUCGACAGCGGCAUGCUGAAGACCUUCUUCUAGGACUGUUGUUUUAUAGGUGUGCAAUCUGUCAUGAAAGUUUUGAUACAGGGGGCCAGCUAUCUCGUCACAUUCAAAAUCACAAGGAAGGAGAUCAGAAUAAUUCAAAGGAAUAUAAGUGUGCACUGUGUAAUAAAUGCUUCACUAAUGAGCAGCAGCUUUCGAACCAUACACUCCAGCAUAAAGAGACCCAGCCUCUGUCGUGCAGAAUAUGCAAUAAAUUCUUUAGCAAUCGCACUGAACUUGAUAGCCAUGCAAGUGAUCAUUUUGAGGACAAACCCUAUGCCUGUAAUAUCUGCGGUGAUCGAUUUGAAGACCCUUCAAAUUUGAACAGUCAUAAAUCUGUUCAUUUGUCAACCAAUUGUUUCACAUGUGAAAUUUGUGCUAAGUCAUUUAAAGCUUUAGAUAGACUAAAUCAGCAUAAAAUGGUUCAUUCAGAGGUUGGUACCUUUACCUGUCUUGUCUGCUGUGUAAGUUUUAAUGAGAGGGACGCACUUAAGAAACAUGAACGUUCCCACUUUGUUGAGAGACCAUACACCUGCAGUGUUUGCUCUCGAUCUUUCAAAGUUAAAUCUGACUGUACAACACAUUUAAGGCGUUAUCAUUUGUUAGCUGGAGUGGAGGGAACUGUUCUUGAGUCAGUGUAUAGUUGUCUUAAGUGCCCUAAAAAGUUUGCCUUGAGGGUGGAUCUCAUUAACCACACAGAAUCUCUUCACUCUGACCAAGAGACAAACACACUGCUAUUAUCUGAGGAAAAUCCUCAAUCAUUUGAAAAUUCAACUGUUCAGCCCAUUUUGUAAGAAGAAAACUAUUAUUAUUUUUUCCCUUUUAAGUUAUGGUUCAUGAAUUUGAACACUCACCUGGGUAUUAGAUUUUUUUAUUCUUUUUAAAUCGUUUCCUGUUUAUUGUUAGGAUAAUUUUUCUUCCACUCAACUAGAAAAUAAAGUCUGUUUUGUUUUAUGCUUUACUAAUA